AUGCGUGAGUGUAUCUCUAUCCACGUUGGACAGGCUGGUGUCCAAAUCGGUAACGCCUGCUGGGAACUAUACUGCCUUGAGCACGGUAUUCAACCUGAUGGACAAAUGCCAACGGACAAAUCUGUCGGGGUCUGUGAUGACUCCUUCAAUACUUUCUUCUCUGAAACUGGCGCUGGCAAACACGUUCCCCGUACUGUUUUUGUUGAUUUGGAACCAACUGUAGUCGAUGAAGUUCGUACCGGUACAUAUCGUCAAUUGUUCCAUCCCGAGCAGUUAAUUACCGGAAAGGAAGAUGCUGCCAAUAACUACGCCCGUGGUCAUUAUACCAUUGGUAAAGAAAUCGUCGACCUUGUCCUUGAUCGCAUUCGAAAACUUGCGGAUAAUUGUACCGGCCUCCAAGGAUUUUUGGUUUUCCAUUCGUUUGGUGGUGGUACCGGUUCUGGUUUCGGUGCUUUGCUCUUGGAACGUCUCUCUGUUGACUACGGAAAGAAGUCUAAAUUGGAAUUUUCCGUCUACCCUGCUCCACAGGUGUCGACCGCAGUUGUUGAACCAUACAAUUCUAUUUUAACCACUCAUACAACAUUGGAACACUCCGACUGCGCCUUUAUGGUCGACAACGAGGCUAUUUAUGAUAUCUGUCGCCGUAACCUCGACAUUGAGCGCCCUACUUACACUAAUUUAAAUAGAUUGAUUGCCCAAGUAGUAUCUUCUAUCACCGCCUCACUUCGUUUCGAUGGGUCUCUCAACGUGGAUUUAACUGAAUUCCAAACCAAUUUGGUCCCCUACCCUCGUAUUCAUUUCCCAUUGGUCACCUACGCUCCGGUCAUUUCAUCCGAAAAAGCGUACCAUGAACAACUUACAGUGGCCGAAAUCACCUACUCCUGCUUUGAGCCCAAUAAUCAGAUGGUCAAAUGUGAUCCUCGUCAUGGAAAAUAUAUGGCAUGUUGUUUAUUAUACCGUGGUGAUGUCGUACCGAAAGAUGUCAACGCCGCAAUUGCGACUAUUAAGACCAAGCGCACCAUCCAAUUUGUUGAUUGGUGUCCCACCGGUUUCAAAGUCGGUAUCAACUAUCAACCACCAACUGUCGUUCCUGGCGGAGAUCUUGCUAAAGUACAACGUGCUGUGUGCAUGCUAUCUAAUACAACGGCCAUUGCUGAAGCCUGGGCUCGCCUUGACCACAAAUUUGACUUAAUGUAUGCCAAACGUGCUUUCGUCCAUUGGUAUGUUGGUGAAGGUAUGGAGGAAGGUGAAUUCUCUGAAGCUCGUGAAGAUUUGGCUGCACUAGAAAAAGAUUACGAGGAAGUAGGCACCGACUCUCUUGAGGGUGAAGAAGAGGAAGCAGAAGAAUAUUAA